CCGACCGAACCGGGGCAGUACCGGCAACAUAUACCGUAAGUUCGCGACCCGUCGAGGGCUGAGGGGUUUGUUGUGCGCUACCUUGACGUGUGCUGUAGCCGUUUCGCUACGAACUGAGAGUUCUCUGCGCGUCCCGUCUCGUUUGUCGGUCUCCCGGAUGACCGACGGCGAAGCUGGCUGACGGUUUAAACAGCGAGCUAGCUGGUUAGCUAGCCGGCUAGCUGGCCAGUCGCCUUGACCACAGACGCAGCGCUGCCCUGCUGUUUUUACGCGUUUGACCCGUUUAUUACAAGCCACGCGUGCGUUACGUCCCCCCCCGGCUAGGUGCAGAAGCGCACCAUGGCGUCCUGGAUAUGCUGAAUACGUGUCCCCUACCUUCCACCGUCAGCCAUCGGUCUCCGGUCAUCUCAGCACGGGACCAGCAUGUCCAAGGUGCCAUUAGGCAAGCGUCUGCUGUGGAAUGUCAUCCGCCACACAGAUGCCCACAACAAGAUCCAGGAGGAAUCGGAGAUGUGGAAGAUGAGAGUCUGGGAGAAACAGACGUCCCACCAGAAACAAAUGCCAUCUACAGAAUUUAUGAGGGGGCACAUGCACUGUGAUCGAGUGGAGAAUUAUUCAGGAGAACAAGCUCAAAGCAAAGAUCGCACCUCCGGACAUGAUGACAGGGACGCUCGAUACUGGAGUCGCAAACUGUAUGAAUUUGAGGCCAAUGAUCCUGACAGAUGGGGACACAGCGGAUUCAAGGAACUUUAUCCAGAGGAAUUCGAAAGCGACAGUGAAGAAGCCACCGACACCAAGAACGGGCAUCACAAAAUGAAAAAGUCAAAGUCAAGCAUGAAAACGGCCGCGUCCAAACGCUCCAAGAAAUCCUCUCAAAAGAAGAAAAGGAAGAAGAAAAAGAAGAAGCACAAGGGGGAGAAGGGGGACGGGAAGCCGAGGAGAGUGGAGGGGGCGAGCAGCGAAAGCGGCGGCGAGGAGAGCAGCGACAGCAGACGUAAGCAGAGGAGGAGGACAAAAAGCAAACACCGAGACAGGAAGGGCGGGAGGAAAAGAAGGAAGGAGGAGGACGGCGACGAUGCGGGAGAAAGGGAGAGAAAGACGCACUCUCGCAGGAAACGAAAGCUGGACUCCCACAAAGACUCAGAGUCCGGAACAGACACGCACAGGAAGAAACGGAGGAAAAACUGGAAAGUUGCAAAUGAGGAGAACUCGGAUGACAGUUCUGGGGACUGAAAUACACGAACAACCAAAUGCAUGCAUACACACACACAUAUAUAUAUAUAUAUACAUACAUACACACACACAUAUAUAUACAUACAUA